UAACGUGGUGGAUGACGGAGAUGAUGGAGGAGGAAAGUCUUUUGGUUCAGUGUCUUGUUCCAUUUGCCUCGAGAUUGUUGCCGAUAAUGGGGAGAGAUCCUGGGCUAAGCUUCAAUGCGGUCAUCAAUUCCAUCUCGGUAACUAUAAUUUCUCUCUCUCACUGCCCGAGAAUGCGAUGGAAUGAAUAAUAAUCAAGGAAUUUGAACGAUGUUAUACAUCUUGUGUGUUCAAACACCGAUGCCUCAAUCGAUUUUAACUACGACAAUUGAGAUCUGGAUUUCUGUUUUUAUUUUAUAAUUAAUGUUUUUAUCAACUAUGCUUGACUCUUACUCUCGAUGAUGUGUUCAUUGGCGUUGGGGUUAGGAAACCAAGAGAAAUUUUUUAGGUUAUGGGAUCCUGUUUGUUGUUGUGUUGAUUUGUUUAAAAGGAAAAUUGGGUGCAUUUACUGAUUAUGGCCAAAAGGGCAGCUUUGUGAGAGUCCUGUCGUGACGACAGAAUAUGGAUGAUUGGGUAAGAUUGCAUUGGUUCGGCAUUCAACAUAAAAGGAGCAAUGCAAUGCCCUAAUUGUCGGAAGAUUGAGAAAGGUCAAUGGCUUUAUGCAAAUGGUUGUCGGUCAUAUCCAGAAUUUAGCAUGGAUGAGUGGACACAUGAUGAGGACCUUUAUGAUCUUAGCUACUCUGAAAUGUCCUUUGGAGUUCACUGGUGCCCUUUUGGCAACUUGACACGACUUCCAUCAUCCUUCGAGGAAGGGGAGUUCUCAUCAAAUGCAUAUCAUGAUAUAUUGGGACAACAUGCCAUAUUUGCGGAACAUACAGCAGUAUCAUCUGCUAGUCAUCCUUGUCCAUAUAUUGCAUACUUUGGACCAAUACAUCCAUCCUCUUCCAAUUCGGGUGGAGCUGUAUCAGAAGCUUCAAACUUCAACCAUUGGAAUGGCUCAUCUGUGCCUAGUGACAUGCCAACCUCCUACACAUUUCCUGCUGUGGAUCUUCAUUAUCACAGUUGGGAACACCAUUCCCCUCCCUUCUCUACAGCAAGUAGUCGUCUAGUUACUGGUGAUCAGCCAUCAGUAUCACCUGGUACUCAAAGGCCAGCCAGGGGUGGUUCGGAUGUACCAAGAUCAGGAUCUUUUGUGCAUCCCUUCGUUGUUGGUCACAGUUCUGCUGCCAGAGCGGGGAGCUCAGUUGCUUCCUCAAUGAUCCCUCCUUAUCCUGGUAGCAAUGCUCGGGCACGUGAUAGAGUCCAGGCUCUUCAGGCAUACUAUCAACCACAGCAACCUCCUAACUCAACCACAAUGCGGACACCUAUUGCUUCUGGAACUCGAAGACCGAGCAGUCAUAGCGGAUCAGCUCAGUUAGCACCGAUGGCCACAUCACCCGACCAAAGUGGUGGCUUCUUUCUUAUCCCACCAAGUUUGUCAGGACGCAAUUUUCAAGAAGAAAACCAUCUACCAAGUCACUUCCAUGCUUGGGAAAGAGACCACAUGCCUUCGUUUUCUUUGAGCCAUGUUGAUAGAGAUUCAGGUUGGAGAGCAUACCACCAAGCCACCGGUAGGUCAGACCCAGGUAGGUCCAGCAGCUUUCGGUUAAGGCAUGGAUCAGAUAGGUUGCCUUCACAAAAUCGGUAAUACACUUUUAUCCUGUUCACUGUGAAGCAAACUACCAUUACUAUGGAAAAUCAGAACUUAUGUAUGCUUUGAGAAAUGUUACAUAUUGCUUUGGCCUUUGGGUCUGUCAUGUUAUGACAGUAUAUACUCUGGCUGGUCUUGGAAUUGAUUUUUCUGGCAGCCACGUGGCAGUGUGAUGGACAUUUGCUUCCUCUAGUUUAUUUGCCUCGGUGGGCAUAAAAUAAGAUGGUAUGUCUAGUUGGGGAAAUCAGGUUUUUGGAAGAAUUACUAGGGCGUUGUCAUUUCAUGUGAUAAAUCAGGUGGAUGAAAGCAGGUGUGGUUGGAUAUGUAGUGGGUCAACAACUAUUUAUAUUUGAUGACGCUCAUGCAAAUGUUUGUAUUGAGAAUACGAGUAAUUUUACAUCUACCCCGUGGCGCGAGUGAUUUGUAAACUAUUGUGCAAGAAUUGAGCCAAGGUAUGACGGACUCGCAUGAAUGAGAACUACCAUACCUCAGAAUUUUAAGUUCAG